GAAGCCUGCACGUGGCGGGGUUCCAGGCAAUUCGAUCACGACUUUGUAUACCUCAAUGGCCAAUCAGACUCGAAUGAUCGUGGAAUAUACUAAAUGCGAUUGCAGAGUUACGUCGAAUAUGUCUGUGGCGUCGACAUCUCUGUGCCAGUCACAUUGGAGCUGCAUCUGACCCUUGUGUCGGACAUGAAGCUCACACAUGCAUGGACUGUCCACUUUCCGAGUGCAUAAAUACAAGAAUGGCGACACCGACAAGUGGAAUAAAUUAACCUCAAGUGCUCUCCCCACAACAAAGACUGCUCACAAUGAAGUUCACUCGGGAUCUCGUCCUGCAGGGCGGCAUUUUAUUGAUCCUGGUUGAAGCUGUGACUUCGAUCUCCAUUUCGUGCGGCCCUGACUCGUUUUUUCGGGCGCUCCAGUGGAACUGCGAUGUUUGCGGUGACAAUUUUCUUCUCGGGAGCUCGCCGAUCGUUUGCGCACCUGCCAACGCUACGCUGACCUGAACUCACAAUUCGAUGACAUUCCCGUCGGUCCCAUUGGAGAAUAUCAGCGAAUCAAUUGGACG